CUGUAGCUCUUUAUGACCUUCCUCUAUCUUUUCCUUCUUCCUCUGUCCGGUUAUGGAGGUCUGCUUGAAAGGCAUUUAACAGCAACUGCGCUCAAACUCACGAGAAACCUGAAGUUUCAAAUCUAAAAAACAACUAAGUUUUAAAUACACAAUUAAAGAUGCCGGUGGCUGUAGGUCCAUAUGGCCAGACCCAGCCAAGUUGCUUUGAUCGGGUCAAAAUGGGCUUCAUGAUGGGUUUUGCAGUAGGAAUGGCUGCUGGUGCCAUGUUUGGUACUUUCUCCUGUCUCAGGAUCGGGAUGCGUGGCCGGGAGCUCAUGGGAGGAGUAGGAAAGACCAUGAUGCAGAGUGGAGGGACGUUUGGCACUUUUAUGGCCAUUGGUAUGGGUAUUCGCUGCUGAAGACAAGAGGAAAGACCUAUAUACAAAUAUUCAACCAUGGGACUCUUCAAAUAUUCCCAGUCACAGCUUUCUGUCCAUUCAUCUCAGCCUACAGUCUAGUUUUGUCAAUAAAAGUUCAAAUUCGUGAAAUGGUUUUCAGGGGGCAUGUGAUUUACUUUUUGAUGCCUUACAAAAAAAAGAAACAAACAACUGGUAACACAGGUAAUUAUAUUUAGUUCAGUGACAUAACAGGGAAAUACAUUUUCUUAUCAAUGCUGGUUUCUUUUGGUUACCAGCCAACCUUCUAUUUUAAACAUGACCGGAAACCUGGAAGUUCACAAUUGGCACAUCUCUAACCACAGUUAAGAGUUUGGAGUUGUUGAUCAAUUUGUCACUGAACAGUUGUUUGACAGGUUUGUCCAACUCGGAAACAUUAAUCCGAGAAGUAAACACUUGAGAUUAAGUGCCAGGCUGCUCCUGCUUUGAUGUCAGCAGCACUACUGAUAUUAAAAACAAAAACUUGUAUCACUCACCCUGUGGUGCUGUGACAUCGGUCCCAUCCAGGGGGUUAACAAGACCGGGGUAAUCUUUACCAAACGACAGGUGUUUUAUCAGAUGGGUCAUGUUUAUCUGUAGAGAGAGAUUACAAGUUAGCAGAUCUCGGAAAGUCCUGAGUAACGAGCAGUAGGCAUAAAAUUUCACUGCUGAAACAACCAGAUAGCUUGGACUGUUACAUACUUGCAGUAUGUAUUAUGAACACCUUCUUGAAAUUACAACUUUAAGAAAACAUCAAGAAAAAUUUGUGUUACUUACAUUGUCCAAGCCAAAACUCUGCAGGUCGUGUACUGCAAAAGAAACAAAACCACUUUAAAUCGCUUACUGAAAAAUAAAAAAUGCAAAUACAGGCCAUGUGUAGUGAAGGAAAUAAAAUGUGUUCAAAUCA